AUGAUAAUGGAUAAUAUCGAUGAAUUUAUAGAAAAUCAAAAAAAUUUUUGUCAUCAAUUAAUGGAAGACCAUGUGAAAGUAAAUUUAACGAACCAUUGCCCGCCGUUUUUUGACGGCCUUCUUUGCUGGCCACCGUCUAACUCAAAUCAAACGAUAAAUCUUCCGUGUCCACCACUCUAUGUACUCGGCUAUGAAAAUCCUCAUGGCAAUGCUGUUGCUACAAAAUACUGUAAUAUUUAUGGCGAGUGGUACAGAAACAAUGAAGGAACAUGGUUACCAAUUAUCAAGACUAUUUCAAUAAUUGGCUACGCAUCAUCAUUCCUAACGUUAAUAGCUGCCAUGACAAUAUUCUUAUUCAUAAGAAAACUGCAAAAUUCACGUAAUCGGCUUCAUAUGAAUUUAUUUUCAUCCUUUAUAAUGAGAGCAUCGAUGGCACUUUUGAAAGAUUGGCUCUUUGUAGACGGAGUUGGGCUUUCAUGGAAUGUCGUUUCAAUAGAUGGUAAAAGUGCAUACAUCAAGGAGAAAAAUAUUUGGGUUUGCAAAGUUAUUACAAGUUUGUGGCAGUACUCAAUUGUCGCCAAUUAUUCGUGGAUAUUUAUUGAGGGCUUGUAUCUUCACAACCUUAUUUUUUUUUCAUUUACUGAUACUUCAGCUAUAACGUGCUACACAGUGUUUGGAUGGAGUGUACCAUUAGCUGUAGUAAUUAUCUGGAUAAUCUUACGUAUUAUCAAAGAAGACACACUGUGUUGGACCACACACAAUAAUCAAUCAUUCUUUCUUAUUAUACGUAUUCCAAUUAUUAUUUCUAUAAUGUUAAACUUUGUUCUUUUUAUAAAUAUUGUACGAGUAUUGCUAAUAAAAAUGAAAACGUCGGUGUACUUGCAGCGGAAAAAAAUGCAAUAUGGAAAAUGGGCAAAAUCAACUUUAGUUCUCAUACCGUUAUUCGGUGCACACUACGCUAUUUUUUUAGGUCUUUCUUAUCAUAGAGACUAUCAACUCGAACUUAUUUGGCUUUUCUGGGACCAGUUUUUUGCUUCAUUCCAAGGAUCAGUUGUAGCUCUGCUUUAUUGUUUUCUCAACGGAGAAGUGAGAGCGGAAUUAAAACGAACGUGGAGAAUACGUAGAUCUCGACGUGGGGUCGAUUCACUAAGUUUCUCUAAUCGAAAUUUAAUUAAGUCGCCAGAACUUCGUAACCAACAUCGA